ACUUAUCAAUCAAUUGUCUAUGCCUAAACUCCGUUUUCUGUAGUUAUUUCCACCAUCAACUAUAGUCAAUGGAUACAGUUUCCUCUCAUCCAAAUGCACUAGAAAUGUUCCUGAUUACUUUUCUUAUGGUUGAAACUUUCAUGGUUGCUUCUGCUGGCAACUUCUACCAGGAUGUUGAUAUCACAUGGGGAGAUGGUCGUGGAAAAAUUCUCAACGGUGGGCAGCUCCUCACUCUCUCCCUUGAUAAAGCCUCUGGCUCAGGCUUCCAAUCCAGGAACGAAUAUCUGUAUGGAAAGCUUGAUAUGCAACUCAAACUUGUGCCUGGCAACUCUGCUGGGACCGUCACUGCCUACUAUCUAAAAUCUCAAGGAUCAUCAUGGGAUGAGAUAGAUUUUGAGUUCUUGGGGAACCUAAGUGGUGAUCCUUUUAUUGUCCACACUAAUGUUUAUACAAAUGGUAAAGGUGACAGAGAGCAACAAUUCUACCUCUGGUUCGACCCAACUGCUGAUUUUCACACCUACUCAAUUCUCUGGAACCCUGAACACAUUAUUUUCUAUGUAGAUGGUAGACCAAUCAGGGAGUUCAAAAACCUGGAGCCUGCUGGUGUUCCAUACCCAAAAAACCAACCCAUGAAAUUGUACUCUAGCCUCUGGAAUGCUGAUGACUGGGCCACGAGAGGAGGCCUCAUUAAGACAGACUGGAGCCAAGCCCCCUUUACGGCUUCUUUCAGGAACUUCAAUGCCAAUGCUUGCAUCUGGUCUAAUGGAGUAUCUUCUUGCAGUUCAAAUUCAUCUUCUAAUCAUGCCUGGUUUUCACAAGAGCUGGAUUCUUCUGCACAAAAAGUGCUAAAAUGGGUGCUAAGGAAUUACAUGGUUUACAAUUAUUGCAAAGACGCAAAACGUUUCCCUCAGGGCCUCCCUGUUGAAUGCACUGUUACUAAUAGAAAAUAGAAUAAGAUGAAGUCGUUUCAGCGAGAACAUUUUGUAGUGUAAUUCUUUAAGCAAAGUUGAUACCAUAAAGUUAUUUGUAUGAUCAUAUACUAUAAUUCUAUAAAUAAAAUUUGAAACUAAUGCACUUUUCAUUUGUUCCUUGAAAG